UUGCUAUAUAAAAUGCAUGACGUGGUAAACCCACGUACACUUCCAACAGAGGCAGGAAAAAUGAGUCCCACUUUCGUCCAGGGUUUGCUGGCCUUCCUCACGUGCUUGUGGUUCACAACGGUUCCUGUGGACGCAAAUGUGCAGUGCAUCGGUUUCGACGCGUUGGGACUCUGCGCGGAGUACAAACAUAUCAGACACAAUGGAUCAUUGGCUACCUGCAGCCACAUGUGCGCUCCACAGAAGCCAACAUCGUGCUACCGCAAUGAAUGGGACAAAGAGCCAUGUCUUGUUUUUGACAAAGCUACUUUAGGCAAGUGCUACGAUGGGGUAUGCUACAAUACCUCAGUGUAUGAUAGGUUGGCCAAGCUAAGAGCGCCUAAGACUUGGAUGCCAUGCGGACACGGGCACGACUAUUUAUAUAAUUCCAGGGGACCAUUCGGCUGCCAUUUUUACUGCUUCGAAUAUCCCCACAAGAUCGCAAGACGUCCCGAUGGCAAAGUCUGUCUGAACCCGAGGACUGCGCUCAAGGGCGGAUGUAAAAGCGGCUACUGCGUAGCUGGUUACCAGCGAACUUGAGCGGAGACGAGUAAAAGAAUGGCAUUCGUAUGCAAAGCACUGUCUUCCCCUAUGCUAUUAAACGCAACAUUCAUCCUAGAAGUUGUCUUUUCCUGUA